CCGCUCCCCAUGACCAUCCCACUGACUCCCACUUCACUCCAGUUCCGCAAGCUGAAUCACGAUGGGAAGUCUGCCCAGCAGAAGGAGAAACCGGGCCGCGUCGAACCCCCCUGCUGAGCCCCGGACCUCUUCCUCGGGGCAAAAAGGCCCCGACGUCUGCACGGCCGUGGCCCUGUGCCCCUUCCCCACGGGGGCGGAGGCGGCCCUGGCGGUGGGCGAGCCGCUGACCAUCCUCUCAGACCACGGCGACUGGUGGGACGUGGUGUCUGCGGUGACCGGAAAGGCCUAUCACAUCCCCAGCAGCCACGUGGCCAGAGUCUCCAACAGGUGGCUGUACGAAGGCCUCGGCCGGGAAAAGGCGGAGGAGCUGCUCCUGCUGCCCUGCAACCACGGAGGCUCCUUCCUGGUCCGCGAGAGCCAGACCCGGAAAGGCGGCUACUCGCUGUCGGUCCGGCAGACGCACGCGACGGCCUGGGACUCAGUGCGGCAUUAUCGGAUCUGGCGGCUGGACAACGGCUGGCUCUACAUCGCUCCUCGCAUCACAUUCCCAUCCCUCCAGGCCCUCGUGGACUACUAUUCCGAGGCGGGAGAGGAGCUGCAGUGCCCGCUGUCGGAGCCCUGCGCCCCCCUGCCCGGACCCCUGCCCACCCAGCGGAGCCUGAUGGAGCCCUUGCCACCGCCGCCGCCACCGCAGCCGCUGACCCUCGACUGGAAGCAGCUGGACAGCCACCACCUGCUGUCGGACGGCGGGUCCCCGGGCGAGGCGUCUCCCAUCAGCGCUGGACUCCGCGAGGCCGUCACCUCCUAUCUCACCCUCACCCACCCCCUCGCCCCCGACGCCCUCCUCACCGACGACACCCCCCUCACCCACGGGACCACCCUGCCCGCCCGGGGACCGCCCCGUGACAAGGACACCUGCCGGACCACCUAGGACGCCCGCCGGAUCCGAGAGGAGACGGGGAGACGGUGCCCUCCGCCCCCAGGAAGCAGCCCGGCCUUGGGAGUCGCAGGUUGUGGGUUCUAAUAAUAAUA